AUGGCGAACAACUACGACGCUAGGGUGCCGUCUGCCUACGAACAGGAAGCGGGUAUCGACUACCCCAAGCCAACGCUGAGCAAGCAUCACAGCCCAGCAUCCAGCAUUCUUUCAUCCGAUGCUCGUAAUGGCAAACAUGGAGUCAUGGCGAAGUAUCUAUAUAAGCAAGUUGCCAACAAUCAGUGGUUUGAGCCGAUGGAGGAUGAUAUCGGCAACAAGGUCCACAGCCUCAACGUCGAUCGCGGCGUGGUCAUCCAACGAGAUGACGGAGCAUACCUCACUUACCCUCCUCAGCUUAACGAGCAGGUCCUUGAGGCUGUUCUCCGUCUGGACGUGCCUAUUGCUUUCACCAUGUCUUCUGAAGUUACGCACACCCUCCUGCGUCAGACAACGCCUGAACAGACGCAAGUUGGCGAUCCACGUUCCGGCGUUACCCUGCCAGUGGUCGACUCUGUGGAAAGUCUAGCUUCGGGACGAGUCCAAGUCCCACGUGAAGGCUUCAUCUGUCUUUGCAGGAAGGAGCAAUUCGUUCUUGUCUGGGGAAGCACGGUCGAGUCCAUACUGGUCCAGGGUAACGAUAUCGAGACAUGGUUGGUUGGCCUAGUUUGGGGUUCCCAGGCGCCAGUGGUUGCCAGUCCGCCCAGAGUUGCGAGUCCUUUCAGUCAACGGUCCCUCAACGUGUCACCCCCGCCACCGCAACCAUACCCUACACCGAUACCUGGUUUCACCCCAUCACCAACGGGUUUUCGUGCCAGCUCCACAGGCACACCGGAAUGGAAUGAGAAGUACGAUGUAAUUCGAACCGCUAUUGCUCGAGAAGAGAUGGGCGACAAGGCGUACGAUCCAGAAAGAGACGGCAAAGAAGCACCAAAGCGACCACUUGUCCUCGUGCACGCGCUGUGUAUUGGUCUAGCUAUGGUCCUGGUAGUGGUCGUGGAGAUGGCUUGCAUAGCGAAACUUCUAACCGAAGCCCGACUCGACGGCAGCUACAUGCGUUUCGCCUUGCUGGUCACGGUCCCGAUCUUCGCUUGCUUCUCGCUCUUCUUCAUGAUCGUCAUCACCGGAUCUCUCUUCCAGCUCUUCGGCCCGCUCUCAGCAGUCCAGGAGAACAGCAUGUUUUACUCUGCCAAAGCGCCCAAGCCAGACAGGUACAAGGAUUACGAACUCCCUCACGUUACAAUCCAGAUGCCCGUCUACAAGGAAGGCUUGAAGGGUGUCAUUAUGCCUACCAUCGAGUCUUGCAUGGCCGCUGUCCGCUUCUACGAGGCGCGGGGCGGUACGGCUUCGAUCUUCGUCAACGACGAUGGUAUGCAGCUUGUGAAGCCAGAGCUGGCUGAGGCCCGACAAGCCUACUAUGAGCUGCACAACAUUGGCUGGUGCAGCCGUCCACCACACUGCACACAAGAAGGUCCCAAGCACUUCCUCCGCAAGGGCAAAUUCAAGAAGGCAUCGAACAUGAACUACUGCCUUGAUUUUGCGGGCCGUGUUGAAGACGAUUGGCUGGCUCGAAUUGAAGCCGAGUGCGAGAAGCGCGGAUGCACGCAAGAUCAGCUAACCAUUCAGGAGGAAGAGGAGCUUUACGACCAGGCCCGCGAGGCACAGCUUGAGAAAGAUGGUGGCCGUACCUGGGCUGCCGGCAACGUGCGCAUGGGAGAGGUCAUCCUUAUCAUUGACUCGGACACCCGUGUUCCGGAGGACUGCCUGCUUUAUGGUGCACUCGAGAUGCAUGAGAGCCCUGAGGUUGCGCUGUUACAACAUUCUUCCGGCAUUCUGCAAGUCGUCAACAAUGUUUUCGAGAACGGCAUCACCUACUUCACAAACCUCAUCUACACGUCCAUCCAGUUCGCCGUCGGAAGCGGCGACUGCGCUCCCUUCGUCGGCCACAACACCUUCAUCCGAUGGAAAGCCAUUCAGUCCGUCAGCUGGGAAGAAGAUGGCAUGACGAAGUUCUGGUCCGACUCCCACGUCUCCGAAGACUUCGAUGUCUCGCUUCGCUUACAGAUUGCUGGCUUUGUUGUGCGCCUUGCCACCUACCACAACGGCGGGUUCAAGGAAGGUGUAUCCCUUACCGUCUACGACGAGCUAGCGCGAUGGGAGAAGUACGCAUACGGCUGCAACGAGCUUGUAUUCCAUCCGCUCCGCUACUGGCCAACGCGAGGACCCAUCACGCCGCUCUUCUGGAAGUUCUUGCGCAGCAACAUCAAGCCGACAAGCAAGAUGACCAUCAUUGCUUACAUCUUCACUUACUACGCCAUCGCAUCGGCCAUACCACUGACUCUGGCGAACUACUUGAUUGUGGGACUGUUCACGGACAACAUCGAUCAGUUCUACAUCACUUCCUGGAAGAUCUUCGUUGGUAUGGCGGCCGUUUUCAACGUGCUUUCACCACUCGCAUACGCCAUGCUUCGGCAUCGCCUGGGUCAGAAGACCUUCUUCCUCUGCCUGUGGGAAACAAUCAAGUGGACGCCAAUGUUCUUGCUAUUCUUCGGCGGCAUCUCCUUCCAUUUGCUGCAAGCACUGCUCUGCCACGCGUUCAGCAUUAACAUGGAGUGGACGACCACGGCAAAGGAGCUGGAGGCGUCGGGCUUCCGCAUUGGGUUGGACAGGAUCGUGAGGGAUUUCAAGUGGAUGUACGCUUUCAUGCUGCCUUUGUGUGCUGGGAUGAUAUAUUUGGCUACCGCGGCACCAAGAGGCUGGUCGAUCACGGACUUUGCGGCCAUUGUGCCCUUGGCGAACCAGGUCGGUUGUCAUGCGCUUUUGCCUUUCGCCUUGGGUCUGUUUUAG